GCCCAGCAUUUCGUGAUUCGCCGCUCUUCUUCCAUCUGCCGCCUCCUCCUCUGUCCUGUCCACCCUGUGCCCAGCUUAUCCAGGAAGGCACAGCCAAGAACGCAUCGUCAGUCUCACACACCAGCUACAAAGAAGCGACCAGAGGACUUUGUUCUCUGCCCACCUACCACUACCAGUCGCGGACGCUCCUCCCACAACUCGCGGGUCUCGAGAUGUUCAGGGGUUGCGGCCUGUUCGCCGGCGCCCGCCGGGGGCGCGGCGGCGACCUCAGGAAGCGCGGGGAGCAAGGCGGCGCGAGCUCGCGGGUGGCGCCGGCCGAGCCCGUGUGCGUGGACGAGGCGGAGGACGGCGGCGCCGCGCGGCAGCUGGCGUGGGCGGAGGUGGAGACCGCCACGGGCGGCUUCUCGUCCAGGGUGGUCGGCCGCGGCGGCUUCAGCACGGUGUACCUCGCCUCGCUCUCCUCCUCGCGGCUCGGCGCCGUCAAGGUGCACUGCAGCAGCGAGCGCCUCCGCCGCGCGUUCCGCCGGGAGCUCGACGUGCUGCUCUCCCUCCGCCACCCGCACGUCGUCCGCCUCCUCGCCUACUGCGACGAGCGCGACGAGGGCGUGCUGGUGUUCGAGUACGCGCCCAACGGCGACCUCCACGAGAGGCUCCACGGCGGCGCGGGCACCCUCCCCUGGGCGCGCCGCGUGGCGGUCGCGUUCCAGGUGGCCUCGGCGCUGGAGUACCUCCACGAGGGCCGCGACCCGGCCGUCGUCCACGGGGACAUCAAGGCCUCCAACGUCCUCCUAGACGCCGGCAUGGACGCCAAGCUCUGCGACUUCGGCUUCGCGCACGUCGGCGUCUCGGCCACGAUGGGCGGCCGCCGGCCCUCGGACCGCGCCGUCAUGGGCUCCCCGGGCUACGUCGACCCGCACCUCCUCCGCUCCGGAGUGGCCACCAAGGCGAGCGACGUGUACAGCUUUGGCGUGCUGCUGCUCGAGCUCUUGACGGGCAAGGAGGCCGUCUGCCGCGAGACAGGGCACCGGCUCACGGCCGCGGUGAGGCCUAAGCUCAGCGAUGGUGAUCAACUGCCGGGCGUUCUGGACCAGAGGCUGGGAGGAGACUACGACGCCGCUGAGGCGGCCGCCGUGGCCGAGCUCGCCAUGCAGUGCGUCAGUGACAGCCCUGGGCUCCGCCCGUCCAUGGCCGACGUGGUGCGCGUGCUCCAGGAGAAGACCUCCGCCGCUGGAUCGAGAGUCGACCGCAAGCAAGAUGGUGUCCUAAGUUAGAUGCCGAUGGAGUAGAGUGUAAAUAUGUCCUUGAUGGUGCUAUAAUUGUGUUGAGGGUAGUUAGCCACAAGAAUUGGCGCAGUGAGAUGAGGUUUUAGAAUCACUAGAUCUCUGAUAGAAAAUUUUGUCAUGCCAUCGAGUGUCAAUUUGUCUUGUUGUGUAUGUCGAUGGAGUAUACCACAUAUUCGGCGGGUUGCAAGGAACUGGUGAUUUCUUGAGCCAC